AUGCAACACCAACUUCAUAGCAUCGAAGGCGGCAACUUGACAUAUCGUUCGGCAUACAGCACCUUCAAAGAUGAAGUAUAUAGAACAUGCCCGUCUUUUAUACGUCGAGUCCGAAGUGCGCAUCAGCUUGCGGAAGGAGUUGAAGACAGCCCAAUUUACCUUGACGAUAUGAAGUUGAACAUGGACAGGUUGAAGCUCAUUCAGGACUCACAGAAGACGUGGCAAUCUCUUGCCGAAGUCUGUAUCUCGAAGGUCAAGAUGAACAUUCUUUCCACUAUCCUCAACCUUGUUCAGAUGCAUUUUGGGCGGUGGGAAAAUCUACACGCUCUCGUGAGAUCUGCUUUCUUCGAUUUUGUGGAGGAGUAUAUAACUGCCUGCCAAUAUUCUGUCGAGCUCUACCUGGAAGCCGAACGCAUGCCGUAUACUCAAAACAUCGACGAACUUCACGCUGCCAAGGACGAAUGGUUGUUAAGUCACGUAGAUCGCGCGGAAUGUAGAGUCGAUUACGCAUCCACAACACCACAAUCUGAGGAGGACUCCAUACAGAAACAGUACACAAAUAUUUGGCUGCCUUUACUUACCCCUGGAUGGACUAGUUGGUCGGAGGCGAGCCUCGACAGUCCGUACAUGAGGGAGUCGACUGUUAUGGCGGAAGUAUCCGCAUAUUUCGAAGCCUCUUGCUCGCGAGUUAUUGACGUUGUACCCAUGACGAUUGAGUUGAAGCUGAUUCAACGUGUGAUGCACGACAUACAGGCAUUGGAAAUUUUGCAGCGCAUGAAUUUGAGUGCGACCAUAGGGGACUAUACAACUUUCUGA